AUCAAUGCUGAGGUAGCCCGUGGCAUUUAAACUAUGCCCAAUUGGCACUAAGGGGCCUAAAGUGUGCCAAGAAAAUAUCUGCCACACCAUUACACCACCACCACCAACCUGCACCACGGUAGCAAGGCAUGAUGGAUCCAUGUUCUCAUUCUGUUUACGUCAAAUUCUAACUCUACCAUCUGGAUGUGUCAACAGAAAUGGAGACUCAUCAAACCAGGCAACAUUUUUUAGGUCUUCAACUGUCCAGUUUUGGUGAGCUGGUGCAAAUUGUAGCCUCUUUUUCCUUUUUGUAGUGGAGUUGAGUGGUACCCGAUGGGGUCUUCUGCUGUUGUAGCCCAUCCGCCUCAAGGUUGUGCGUGUUGUGGCUUCACAAAUGCUUUGCUGCAUUCCUCGGUUGUAACGAGGGUUAGGCUCUUCUAUCAGCUUGAAUCAGUCGGCCCAUUCUCCUCUGACCUCUAGCAUCAACAAGGCACUUUGGCCCACAGGACUGCUGCAUACUGGAUGCUUUUCCCUUUUCACACCAUUCUUUGUAAACCCUAGAAAUGGUUGUGGGUGAAAAUCCCAGUAACUGAGCAGAUUGUGCAAUACUCAGACCGGCCCAUCUGGCACCAACAACCAUGCCACACUCAAAAUAGCUGAAAUCAACUUUCUUUCCCAUUCUGACCUUCAGUUUGGAGUUCAGGAGAUGGUCUUGACCAGGACCACGCCCCUAAAUGCAUUGAAGCAACUGCCCUGUGAUUGGUUGAUUAGAUAAUUGCAUUAAGGAGAAGUUGAACAGGUGUUCCUGAUAGUCCUUUAGGUCUAGUGUAUACUAAAAUAACCAGUAAGAUGUGAUAAUUCCAUAUAAAUAUGAAAAAUCAAUCUGAUUGAUCUUUCAAUGCUUAAUCAGAGGAUUAUAGUUACUUUCCUUAUUCAGGGACCAUAAACACACUUCAUAUUCAUUCAGACAGACUCAAGUACAUAGUUUAUAAAAAUGAAUGUAUUUCUUUUCCCUAAACUAAUGAUUAUACAUGACAAGAUAUGAAUGUAAUGUAGCAAUGGAUAUGAAGUGACUUAAUGUGAUGUGUGGAAUGCUGGAAUGAAAGCUAGAUGUUUUAGCAAAACCUUUAAGUAUCUGAGAGAAUUUGUGAAGUCUGGGUUGUAAAACCAUCCGACACAAUCUGUUGAGUUUACAAUACCCUUUGUGUAGAGAUCCCCGUUCAGAUCCAGGGGGUCACGAGGUCGGGAUGGACAUGGACCUCGAGGGACCAGGAACUCGUAGAUUAGCUCCGAUAUGACCCGUGUAGUCUUGAGAUAUCUCCAGGUCAUGACAAGAAGCUGGAAUGCUUGUUUGCAUCUAAGGCGGUUUGUUUGGCUUGUAGAAGAGCCAUUUUGUCUGAUAUUACCCGCAGCGUUGCAGAGAGGCUUUGCCCUGAGGUCAAAAGAUAGGAUGGUUUCAAAAUUGCUUCUUCCCUGAUUUAGCCAAAUUGGGAGUCAGCUGCAAACUGAAUUAAUAAGGAACUAAAUUCUGCGUUAUUAAAAUUGCUUUUAAAUUAGGCAAAUCAGAUUUUGACACAUUUGAGAGCUUAACAAAAACCUUUCUCAGAUGUUCCGCCUUCCUUCAGAUACAAAGAUGGCUAACCCUUUGUGAGGACAUUUUACAAAUGUUUUAAAACACAUGUGAAAUGAAUAUUAACAUUAAUAAGUAUCUUAUUAUAAUGUGUAUGGGUGUAGAUAUUGAUUAAGGCACAGAUUAUUCAAACUGUAGCAAUUAAAACAUAUUAUUUAUGACCAAUAAGGUGUGAUAUUCCAUACAGAUAUGAAAUAUCAAUCUGAUUGAUCUUUGAAUGUUUAAUAAGAAGAUUCUAGUAACUUUUACUUAUUCAGGGACCAUAAACACACUUCAUAUUAAUUCAGACAGAGUCAGUAUACAGUUAAUAAAAUUAAUUUAAUUAUUUUUCCUAAACUAAUAAUUUAUACAUGACCAGAUAUGAAUAAUGAGAUGUGGUGUGGUGGAUGUGAGGUGUUGUGAUGGGAGCUUGAUGUUGUAGCAACCGUUCUUUGUAUCUGAGAUAAAUUGUGAAAUCUGGCUGUAAAGGAAUGUGUUGUUUGUUAUAAACUAGUGAGUUAGUUAUUGAUACAAACCUCAUCAGACACCAGUAUGCAGGCUUACGAUACCCUUGUAUGAGUUGCUCUCUGCGGUCCGAAGGGUUGCGGUCGGAGUGGUAAGGUCACCGGACGUCGAAACCACAAUACUUAGAGAUUAGUAGCUACUUCUGAGUUCAGCUUCCCCGGCCAUGAGAUGCAGCCUGGGGUCUGCAGGUUAGAUGUCCAAGGUGGAUGUAUGAGUUGAAAUAGCUCUUAAAAGAGCUGUUGUGUCUGUAAUCAGUUGCAAGGUCGCAGAAAGGUUUUGACUUAAGGUCAAAGGACAUUGUUUCAAAAGAGGCUUCUUUCCCGAUUUGGCCGAAUCGGGGCUCAGCUGGAAACUGAGUUACUCGGGAAGUAAUUCUUGUUUUAUUUAACUACUUUGUUAUGAUUUCUGGCCAAGUUUGGCAAAUCAGAAUUUGACACAUUUCUGAUUAUUUACCAACAUCUUUCAGAGGGUCAUGCCUUCUUUCAGAUACAAAGAUAUUUUUAACCUUAAUGAGUAUCUUAUUGUAAUGUCUAUGAGUGUAGACAAUGACUAACUUGUUAAAUCAAACACACACUGGUCUGUGAUAUAAAUGGAUCAUUGUAAGAACAAUAUUCAUUUCAAAUUCAUUGAUUUAAGCACAGAUUAUUCACACAUUUCAUUCAAACAUCUUGUUAAUUCAUCAUAAAUGGUUAUUCACCAAUUCAGAGUGAAAAAUGUUGACGUCUGGCGUUCACACAGUGAGUGCAAGAACCUUGGGUGAGAAGGUUUGUUUGAAUGUUUUGUCUUUAUGGAAUGCCAUCAUGCACUGAGCAGAACCUUCUUGAUUUAGUAGGCCAAACCGAAAGUGAAUUCAUGCUGUAGAUGUAGCUGUUGAUCAAUACAUAGAAGAAAACUGACCCUUUUGGAUGUUACAAAACAUUUGAUUUAAACAUCUUGUUCAUUCAACACAUAUGAUUAUUUCACCUCAUAAGUGGUAAAGUUAUUAAUAAUUCAAGAUGUCUUAUGAGUGAAAAUGCAGCAGUUUCACAUAAGUCCUUGAGCAAAGAUGUUUAUGGCUUCUUGUCUAAUAACAAGAGCUGGAGCAGAGUUCUGGCUUUGGAAGUCAGACAGGUGUUGUUCUCGUGUCUGCAAAUGAAAGGUUACUUUCUGGUCAAUUUGUCGGUGAAAAUUUGACCUUUGAUAUGUUACAUGCGCAGACGUUACAAUAGUCAGAAACAAGCUUGAUUUGUCCUAAAGCAUCUCCAGGAUGCUAAAUAAUGUUAUGAUAACAUCAUCAUUUUUGUAACAUUUCUAUACCUCUGUCCCUGUUGUGUUUUUUCUCCUCUUGUUUUCUUUUUUUCUCCCUUGGGCUCAUGAUCAUUUAGGGUGUUUCGACAUGUUGAACUAAUUGAAUCAUCAGAAUCAUGACUGUUGUCCUCUACGAUAGCAGGUAAAAAUGGCGGAAGGGGGCGCAGGGUGCACCAGGUUGGAAAUUUUACAAACUUCCGUGAAGUUGGCAAGACGCUGACAGAUUUGACAUUAACGGCUAAAUAACGUCUGUUUGGAGUCUCAUUUUUAAACAUAACAUACCUCUUUGGUAUCACAGCAAGGUAGUGAUCAAGCUAAACUUCAUUUUUUUCUGUUCCCAGCAUGCUCUAUGGGCCCACAAAACUGCCAUGAGCACUCAGGGACCAUCUACAAAUAUAAACACCAGCAUGCUGUAGUUCUUUUUUAAAGCACAGAGCAGUUUUGUUUACCUGUUUUCCCGCUACGUUUCGUUUGCAGCUGCAAACUUCCUCAGGCUGACGUCAACAGGCACAGUCUAGUUUGCAGCCGAGUGUGAAGCAGCUGGGAUGAGAAUCAGCUCCUCUAAAUCUGAGACCAUGGUCUUGAUUCGGAAAAGGGAAGAAUGCCUUCUCCGGGUCAGGGAUGAGGUCCUGUCCCGAGUGGAGGAGUUUAUGUAUCUUACAGACUUAUCAAGAGACAAAGAGACCUUUGACCUCUUUGUUGGAUCGUUGUUGCUGCUUACUGGCUGUGUGCCACAGUCUGCUUGUCAAGUAAUCUGAGUAGAUGAGUCAUUUUCAAACAAUCCAUUUACUUCCCAGUUGACUUCUAGUCAACAAAUUUUAGUGUCUGGAGAAGUAUUUUUGGAAGUCUUUUGAGGAAAAGGAAAGCAUCUUGCUGCUGUAAAUCUGCUAGGAGGUUUCAGCUGAUCACAGCCACUGUACAUGAAGGUCAUUGUAAAAAAUACUGUAGUAGACUCCUCUCCCAAUUAAAGAAUAUCCCAGCGAUUUAUAAGAGUCCAGUACUUACUGAGAACCUAUUUUCUCCGGUCUCCCAUCUUUUCCAUUUUCUGAUUGGAUGUUUGUUUCUGUCCGUUUUCAUUGUCAUCCCUUAUUCAUCAAUGAAAAUGUCAGUCAAAAUUCAUUAUAAUUUAGUCUUUAUUGUCAUGUAUGUUUUUGUUUCUUUUCAGUCUGCAAAACUUAAUUCAUCACAAAAAAUGACGAAAAUAAUCUGUCAACAAAAUUAACACUGGCAUUUAACCGAUUGAUAUUCUUUUUAAAUUGAUUAUUUGCUUUGUAUAUUUUAAUUGCUUACAGUUUAACUAUUGUAUUCUAAAUCUUUAUUAUUUUAAUAUUAUAAUUGUAUUAUUUAAUCUUUAUUUACUUAAUGUUACUAUUAUAUUAGCUCCUGAUACUUUUAUAUUUUGUCCUAUAUUAAUCUUUCUCCCGAUGUUUCCACCGUGGGGGCCCUCUGCUUUGGGGGUGGCAGUCAACUUUUACUGCCUCGGUUCUCUACGGGUAGUGUUUGGGUUGAGAUCGGGCCUAUACCCUCCCUCCCCUUUGUGUCCUGUGUCAGUACCUCGGCUGUUGCAAUUGGCCUGCUGCUGCCGGGGCAGAUGGCUCCUCUGAUGGUGUUUCCUUGCUCUACCAUAUCUGGCUCAGCUGAACUCAGCCCAAAAUCAGUUUUACUGAUGUUCCUAACUUUGUAUAUAUAGGGUUGUCACGGUAACCGGUGUAGCGGUAAACCCCGGUAAAAAGUUAACAAUUAUAAUAACAGUCUUGUUUUUUAAGAAAUCUGUUAUCUCGGUGGAUUACCGUGGCUGCGGUGUAGGCGAGGUGACCCUUACCAGCCACCGUAUCAUCUGCUGAAGUUACCGGCGGCACAUGCGCACUUUGUUGUUUACAACCAAAACUUUCUUGAAGCUAAAGCUGAAAUAAUGGCCGAAGGGGUAGACGGCAGUGCUCAGGACAUUUAUUAUGCCUCAAAGAAGACAAAGUCAGAAGUACGGGCAUGUUUUGAAUAUUUGAAGAAUGCCGAGGGACAGUUGACAGAAGACGGCUAUCCUGUUUGCAGCACAUGCAGGAAAAAGUGUUUGUGAAAGGCAGCAGCGCGUCAAAUGUCAUGACACAUCUGCGUGACCAUCACCCACAACUCUACAGUCAACACAAGGCAAGCUAACGUUAGCGUUUUAGCUAAAAUGCGUGAUCCGAGGAUUUGGGUUGAGGGAGAAUGCAACGAGUCGCUGUAUAAAGCAGCCGCAGCGCCGCUACCUGCAUAUAAACCGUGUCGCGGACACCCCCAUGUUGAAAUGACGCUAUGCAUUACGGGGCUCCCAGUGGCAGAUAAGAGUUGGUCUCUCUCUGAGAAUAAUUAUGAAUUUAACAAUGAUUACUGCCUGAUGACAUUUUCCCACAUCUGCAAAGCUCACUGGAAGGACACAAACCGAGGACAGUAUUUUCCUGAUAUAGGGUUUAUUUAGUUGUGUGAAAAUGUAACACGUUUAGAAAAAUACUGCGAUAAUACCAAAAACCAUGAUAAUGUUGGUCACAAUAACCGUGAGGUUACAUUUUCCCACCGUGACAACCCUGCGUGUGUGUGUGUGUGUGUGUGUGUUUGUGUGUGUACAGGAGGGGGUAUGACUAUGAUAAUGCAUUUAAGUUGGUGUGGCAGGGAUGGGAAUAACGGUUAUGAAGGGUCAUUUUAACAUGUAAAGCACUUUGAGUUGUAUUCUUUGUGCUUUCUAAAAAAGAUUGACUGGUUGAUGUUUUUUGUUGUACCAUUCAGGUAGUUGUUUUUAAACUCUGUGUGUCCAUCUCACAGCCCAGUGAGCUUUUGGUUGACAUUUCUUUCUGAGAAACAAGAAACAAGCAGGGGAAGAUGUGCAGUGCCUUUUGGUGAUCCACAUCAGCCUCCAUCUACGUGUCUUUGAGCUGCUCUAAAGCCUGAAAUGGGAAACACGUUUAAUGAAGGAAAUUUGUUUGUGCAGAAUCUUAUUAAGGGCUCAGAAGCAUCUGCGUCACCGAGGUUAGCUUGCACUUUGGUGACAGGCCUUGUCACUGAACCUCAUUUUCUCUAAAAAUUAAAGGCUAAUUCCCCAGAACCAUUAAAGCCAACAGGCACAGUCUAGUUUUAAAAACAUGCAACCUCUUCUUCUUGGCAAAUGCAUGUUUACAGGCAGUAAAUUGCAGGUUAAUCAAAUUACUGAGCUCUUAUAUGAAAGCUUUUUAUUUGUUUAUCUGUUUACCACUCAUUGUUUCUACAUGAUGUUCUUGGAGAGGGAACGUGUGCUUUAGUGAAGCUUAAAGCAGCUCAGCCUACGUGCCCAACCUGCAACCUUUGCCUCCCAGUUCUUAAGUCCAUGAAAAUGUUCUUUUUCAAAAGUGUUGAUAGCUUUUUUAUAUUGCUGCCUGUAGCGUACAUUUAACAGCUGUCUUGCCCUUUCAUUUGAAAUUGAAUUUCUACCAUUAUAGGAUUUUUUUAUCUGGUCGUCCAGAGGCUAUACAGAAAUCGAUUCCCUCAACUCAUAGGCUCUAAUUGUUGCUCAGCUAAAGGCCAUGUAGCAACAUAUUAGUUUCUUAUUACUUGCCUGUAUCUCCAGUACAUCAGUGUGAACCUCACAACUUUAAUGUUUACUGAACUGCAAAUUAUGCAUGAGAUGACAGAAUGUCUUAAUAAUGCCCUAUAAAUACCUAUUGUGUGUACUUGUAAGGACAUUUGUGGAGUCAAGGGGAAUAACAGGCAAGGCCCACUCUAGCUUUUAUUCAGCUGAUUAUUGAUUACAGACUUGCACUCAGUGAGUCAAACACAAAUCUGGGCUAUUCUGAGAAAUUUUUUUCCAGUUAGUCAAAUACAGCAGGGGUAUAAGUGUGUUACAUUUUGUUUGAAAGAGUUUAUUGAACCAAAGUGACACAGUAAUCUGAGAUAUUGAUCAAAUGAGAUGUCACAAUCUUUGUUUAGAAAGAUAAAGUACAAGCCCUUUAUUCUCAUCCCCACAUCUCCUUUUUUGGUGUGCAAUAAAUAUUUGACAGGAAAGGAUGACCAACCGGUAGCAUGGCUGACCUUUUUAGUCAGCCUAACAUUCUCUUCCUCCUUGGUGCUUUUGGUGACAAUCAAUUCCUCCAACUUAGUUUUGACUUGAUUAAACGCACAUGUUCAAAUGUGUGACAAAGUCACAAGUUGAUGAUUCCAACAGGACUUGUUCUGAAUAAGCAUGUGAGGGGGUUGUUAUAUAGACCUUUGUCUAGAAUGUGGAUGAUGUACACCAUUUUAGUUAUGAGGGUUUGUGAUCUAAGUGUGAACCAUUGACUUUGAGUUUGUCUUUCUGUCCAAUCAGAAGUAAGCACCUGCCCAGAACGAGGUGCAUCCAGCAUGUGAUAUUUUAAUAAGUCAUCCAGAUGCUACUCCCAUCCCAUAGACAUAAUAAAGACAUGAAAUAAAGACUGUUACAAGCAGAACAUAUUUAUUACAGAAUGUUCUGGAAAGGUACUAACUUGGCUCUGUUGGCAUGUCCCCUCACACGCGAGCCCAGACACACACCAAACCCUGUACAGGAUCACAGCCCUGAGAGAGAGAGAGAGUGCAAAAACACUGACUCACUGUGUGUGUGUGUGUGUGUGUGUGUGUGUGUGUGUGUGUGUGUGUGUGUGUGUGUGUGUGUGUGUGUGUGUACUCAUGUACACACAUUUAUUUGUGUGAGUCCAUGUGCAGGUGCAUUUGUAUCUGUUUGUUUAUGUUACAGCGUGUUAAUUUGACUUUGCAGUCAGAUGACAGUGCCACUGUACAAUAUGACGCUCAAAUGUGCCAAGUGCGGAGUUAUCUCUUCGGCUGACGUUUCCACCACAGCUACCAGUAACGCCAUGUUAGUCCAGCUAAUUAUUUUACCUUAAAUUUUCUUACCUAUGUUUUCUCCUUUGCCGUUUUUACCUCCCUUCUUCCUCUCUCGAUUUGUUCUUUGUCCUUUAUUUCUGUCAUUUUUCUUCCCUGGUGCUCAGCUGACACGACUUCAUUCAGAUUCACACUUUUCCUUGAAACAAAAUGUGUUAACUUUAUUUCUGUAAAUGCCUAUCCCUAUGUGUUAUAUGACUGAAAGAAGGUGUGUGUGUGUGUGUAUGUGUGUUUGUCCCAAAAGAGUCACAAAGCUGACAAUAAGGACUCCAUGUAUGCAGAGAGGCCAGCCACACACAGUUAUUAUUUGUGUGUGUGCGCCUUGCUGUGAUCCGUAAGUGCCUAGAUUGAUCAACUCUAUUAAUCGCAACACAAUUUUCUACUUUUAACUUCUGUGAAAAAAUCCCCAUCUUAACUAGACAGGUUAUAUGUUUUCAGCACCAAAUGUUCCUGCAGUCCAGAGAAAUGGUGCUCUGAACGAUGACUAUGCUUCAUCUCAUGUCAUAGUUUGUACGCUGGCAUGCUGACACCAUCAUAAACAGCAGGCCUUUUUAUCUGUCAAGUGGUUGUGAGUGUGCCAAUUAGUUUAGCGUUUAGCUUUUCUUAGUAUGAUUUAAAAAUCAAAACUUGUACAUCUAUCUUUGUGUGUGUAUGUCUUUUAAAUGUACAACAGCAUAUUAGGAGCCACUAACAAUUUUCUUCCCCAGUUCUGAGAUUAAAGUCAAAAUGAUGAGGGGAAAACUAUCAAACUGGUGUUAAAAAAUAAAGUAGAAAUAAACACAAUAUUGACAAAAAAUGAAUAAACACUUUUACCCAUAACACCUUAUUAGCAACACACACACACACACACAGGUAUAGUAGAUUAUCUGUUCCGGGACUGGGUGAUCAAGGUUCAAAUCCUAGUCGGGUCAUACUAAAGACUUUAAAAAUGGGACCCAAUGCUUUCAUGCUUGACACUCAGCUUUCAGGGGUUGGAUUGGGUGUUUAAAACACCAAAUAGUUACCAAUUACUGCUGCUAGGGAGAGCUGACGCUGAUGGUGGCGUCACUUCCUUCUCCGUUUAUCCACGGGUAGCAGAGGACGUUGUUGCCCUCUGUAAAGGGGAUGUCAACUUCCGUCACUUCCUUCUCCGUCUAUAAAUGGAGAAGUAAGUGACGCCACCAUCAGCGUCAGCUCUGAGGAAUUUUACAGCCGGUAAACAAAACUGUCAGCAAGGUCAAAAAGAAACCUUUUCAGUGUUUUACAAAAGAACCAAAAAUGCAGUUAGAAACUAAACACAGCAAGAACAUAACAAAGGUGUUUUUGGAACAAUUAAGAGACUGUGAGCUAGACUUGAUGUUUUCAACGGGAGUGUAGAUGUACAGUAAUUUUGUGAUGUAUGGUGGAGCCUAUUAUGAGUAGAUUUAAAAUAAAAAAUGAGGACUAUAAAAGGAAGCCUGCAGCACACAGUGAUCCAAUAAUAGAUGCCAAUACUGGGGAUUGGGCACACUUUCUGGUGCCAGUCAGAGAGCACCGCUGUAUUUUGAACCAGCUAGAGUCUAUUUAACCCUUAUAUGUCCUAAGUGCAUUUUUUGUGCUCAAACCACCAGAAACAUUAGAAAAUUAAAUGGUAAUAUAAGAGAUAUAGAUGACCGUUCCAGGCCCAAGUAAAUUGAGUAACAGUAGUCUAAACGACAGGAAACAAACAGAUGAAUAACAUGACAUGGAAGGGCCAAGAGGACUCACCACAUCAUCCAGAAAAUUCUGAUCACCAAACAGUAAAAUCUCCAUCUUUGAGUAAUUUAGCUUCAAGAAGUUGAGGGACAUCCAUUGCUUAACCUCGCUCAGGCAGUCUUCUAAUGAAACAAUUGUGUGUGAGAAAGGAUGAGAAGCUUAGUCAUUCAGGAGGGGCUUGGAGGAGAUCUGCCUCGCUUCCACAUCAAGAGAAGCCAGUUGAGCUGGUUCCAGCAUCUGGUCAGGAUGCCUCCACGAUGAGGUUUUCCGGUCACGUCCAACUGGGAGGAGACUGAAAGGAAGACCCAUGACACGCUGGAGGGACUAUGUCUCUCGGCUGGCCAGGGAACGCCUUGGGAUUGCCUCAAAGGAGCUGGCCCAAUUGGUUGGGGAGAGGGAAGUCUGGGCCUCCUGCUUAUGCUGCUGCCCCCGCAACCUGACCCCGGUUAAGCGGGCAAUAAUGGAUGGAUGGAUGCUUUGUUUUAACUCACACAUUUGGUGCUUACACAUUAGCAUCCGUACAGUCCCUUGCAGUACCAUACUGGACUGGAAUUUGGUUUCACACAUGGUCAAAUAUGCGUUUUCUGUUCCGAGGUGACUCUUUUUUCAUACCUCCUCCCCAGCAGUCAGACUGGGACUGAGGUGAGACUAGGGACUGAUAGGCUGGGUGAAAUUAUGCCUAACGCCUCCGAUUGGUGAGUAGAAUCAGCCAGUGGGGGGGGUUCUUGCAUGCGCAAAUCAUUCAUGCUGGAUACUGUUAAGUAAACGUAUCUGUCUGUAGCACAAAGUUGCCAAUCAGUGGGCAUGGGAGAAGAAAGUGAGCAGUGUGUGUGUGUGUGCCUGUCCUCUGCAUCGGAGCCCUAACCCUGGCAAACCGUCAGACAGCUGCUCAGGUGUGUUUGUGUGGCCUGCAGCAGCAGAGCACAAGAUUAUGACGACAAACAGCAAAUUAAUAAAAUGAAGUUGUUCAGAGUCUCCAAAAGCAACACAGCUUAGGCCCACCUUUGUUUAUCUUAUUAUGGAGGACACUGUGAAGUUUCACAUUUGUAUUAAACACCGCCUACAGGCUCGGAGAUUUCUGCUGUCCUGAGAAGUCCUUUGGAUUUUUAUGUGAACACUACACCGCCCAUUCGAGGCUGAACUGCCCCCAUCCAGCCCCACCAAACCCCAACUGUGCUGACACUAUUGUGGCCUCACUGUGGAGCUCCUGUGUGGUUUUGCCUCUCUUGGCCCUCACAUGGAUGUCUGCUGUGCUGGCAAUCACCGACCGACGCUCUGCACUCUUCCAGAUUCUAUUUGCUGUUUUUGAUUCCUUGGAGGGCUUCGUUAUAGUUAUGGUUCACUGCAUCCUGCGCAGAGAGGUCCAGGAGGCUGUAAAGUGUCGCGUGGUGGACCGGCAGGAAGACACUAAUGGAGAUUCAGGAGGAUCUUUCCAAAAUGGUCAUGCUCAACUCAUGACUGACUUUGAGAAAGAUGUGGACAUGGCUUGCAGAUCAGGAACUACAAAGCGUUCGUCACUCCAGGAGGAGGAGAAGACCACCUCUGGGACCCUCGCCCUUCAGAAGAGCUCAAACUUCAACACUAUGCCAGCCAGCAUGACAAAAGUUCACCUACAGAAUGUAGCAGACUACACCAGUCACACUUUGACUCUGCGUCGGGAAAAGGGUGCUGCCAAGGGAAUCAGCACCGAGCUCCCAGGUGCAAAGUCCAUCUACAUCUGUGAUGGCGAGCUCUUCAAGCAACUGGAUGGAGAUUUGUCUCGAGUUAAUGGUGAGGGAAGCAUCUCCGAGAGCACUGGCAAAGGCCCAGGGUACGUCAUCCUACCAACAAACAACACCGGCACCCUGAAACCAACUAAAGAGAAAGACGAUCAGACAACCAAGUACGGCGUCGGCAUUGAGCAGCUGUCUCAGACCAGACUGAUCCAUCUCGUUAACCCAGCCAGCACAGAACCAGUGCCUGCUUUUGGGCUCAAGAGCCUGCCUACCGAGGAACUCAGCAUUUUGUGCUCUGACAGGGACUCACCUGCACACAAUCUGCAGAAAAUACCCAGAGAUUCCCAAUUGGCCAACAUCUUGGCUGAUGGGGGAGAUUCCGGAAACUCUGGAGUGAUGUCCAAGAGUGAGACCAUCUCCACGCUGUCCAUGAGUUCACUGGAGAGACGAAAAUCACGCUAUGCAGAGCUUGACUUUGAGAAAAUAAUGCACACCAGGAAACGCCACCAGGACAUGUUUCAGGACCUGAGCAGGAAGAUUCACAGUGCAGACAAGGACAGAGACUCUCCACCUGUUGAUGCCAAAGCUGCCAAAAGAUGGAGUGUGUCCUCUACCGGCAGCGACAAGACCAACAUGAGUGACAAGCAGCAGACUCCAAGUAAGAGGGCGUGGGAGGGUAUUCGCAAGACUCAUUCACCCCCAUCCUGGGUGAGGAAGGACCUGGAGACAGUAGCUGCUUCCCCAUUGGAGCUGCAGACUGUGGAGUGGGAGAAGACUAGUGCCACAAUUCCUUUGGUGGGCCAGGAGAUCAUGGACCUGCAGACGGAGGUGUGAGCCCCCCACCCACCCAAUUUCAGCCUCACACCCAAAACUUACCUGUUUUCUCCCUUUCUAUUGGACCACACACGCGCACACACACACACACACACACACACACACACACACACACACACACACACACACACACACACAUUGCAGUGCAAAAUUAGGUUUUAUGUGAGGAUGUGAGGGGGUAUUUGGGUUAGAAGAAAAGUUUUCUAAAGGUCAAACAAACAUUAGAGAAUAAGAAUGUGGUGUCUCCUUAUUUUGUUUCAAUUGAUGUUUUUGCUUUUUAGGCGAGAUGAUGGAGCUCCAUAAAGCUGGGCCUCUACUGUGCGACUUUUUUCACUUUUUUGAGCAGAUUUUGUCCUCGUGUGAUAAUCUACAAAAUCGGAGCAAGUUUUACGUUGAACGUCGUGUAGUAUACAGGGGGUAACGAGAGGCAAUUAACACCACAUGACCAUCUACCGAUCAGCAGUUGUGAGCUCAGACAAAUUUCUGAUAUGUUUGAUAUUUUGCUCGUUCCUUGUGAGGGUAUCGCAAUUGUGGCAAGGUAGAGAAACGAAGGCCCAGGCAGGAUUUGAUCCCCAAACUCCCGGAUGAGAGUCAAGUGUGCUAACCAGUCACAUAUAGAGAAACCCCGAAGGCCAAGUAGCCAGAGCGCAUGAUCAAUUGGGAUACAAUGACAGGAUACUUACCCUGUCAUGUAUUCCCCCCUCUUUCCACAUUCAUGUCCCCGUGCUCCUGCACAGAGUACACAAACUUCAAAUCCAUUAACCUAUUUCACAGUACUACAUGGAUUCUGACAACAACGCCAAAUGUAGCAAGGUGGUGAAACGUGAUUCGAUCACCAGACCCCCAGGUGAGAGUCACACAUGCUAACCAGUCAGCUAAAGAGAUAUUGCAGUGGCCAAGUAGCCAGGGAGCAUGAUCAGUUGGGAUACGGUGACAGGAUGCUCACCCUGUCACACACUUUUGAAGCGAUGCUGCGAGUGGCUGCAACCCUAACCCAGUACCAGAACCGGUCACAGCACAUGCGCAAACAUGCAUCAAAGUGGCUCGCCAACCAUUUCCCUGUUAACACACAUCAGUCAUUUUUAUUUAUACACUUUUUUAAGGACACAAUUACAAAGACUGUCAAUAAAGCAUGUUUAUGUCAAAUUAAACAGAUCACAAAACAUUGAUUUACUUUUUUUCGUUUUCCUACUCCAACCCCAAUAAAUCCCUGUGUGUUCUCCUACAGCACAACUGUACAGGACAACAUACAUCAACAGACAUCCAUAACGACACAAAAAAGUCCAACAUGUUGUGUAAAAAUGCCUUUUUUAGCAUAUUUUUAUGUCUGAUGUGUUUCUACCAGACAUACAGUGUGAGCACAUGACUCGUAAGAUUUGCUCUGAAGGAAAGUCAGACCAGGGGUUAAUUUGAGCCUGAUCUUGCUGGGGCAAGAUCCGGGAACUGUCUUAUUUUGAAAGGACCAUUCUGUCAGCUGUCUGCUAGGUUCUGGCUACUCACGCGACCAACUUGUGCUUUACGCAGGGUUCAAAUUACUGGUGAGCUAAAGGGAGCCCGGCUCACCCAAAAGGGUGAUUGUCUGCCCUGGAAGCCCUCAACUUACACAACCAGGGGGAGCCCCAAAACAAAUCUUGGUUCCGGUUAUAUUACAUUAUUUAUGUGGAUUGUCCAGGGAUCAUUUUGAUCAGAGAGGUGCAGAGCUCUGAUCAUAAAUGCGCUCCAGAAAGCUGCAUCCUGAGCACAGCCACAGUAACAUCCUCAGUGUCGCCACCUCAAAAAUUGAAAACACGCGAUUGUUUACUUCAGCUCAUAUCCUUUUAUGCUUUCUGUCUUUUAUUUGUGCCUGAUGCGUUUCGCUGCUGUGGAGCAGAGCGCAUCAUCUGUUUGUCCUCCGGUGACUUCACCUUAUUGUAGCGGCUGGCGCGCAGCCUGCUAUUUUAGCGAUAGUUAGAUCUUUUUGAACCACAGUUCAAAGGUAACCAGAGGCGGUUUUAACAUUAGGCAUAGGUCAGCGGCUGCCUGGGGCCCCCUUGUGUUGGGGGGGCCCUAGUCCUGACCGCCAGCACCCCUCUGUUAAUGCCACAAUAUUCUUAUUACCAUCAUGUCGCCGCAGACAGGACUGGACAUGUGCACUUCUCCUUACCAUAAUUCCUGAACUGUUCAAGAUAUCAUUAAAAUUCCAAAAGUGCUGAAAAGGUUAAAAAUGGGGCUUUUCGUGCAUAUACAAUACAUAACGGAAGCCCCUGGGAUCCCCUGUCUUGUAUGCAACAAAUCACAACACAGAUUCAGAGACGUGCUGAGUUUGUCAUCCAAAAUGCUCCGUUUUAUAAGUUUUGAAUGUCUGUUCAGAUUCAGAAAAUUCUAACAGUUCCUAAAAGUACAUAAAAGCAGCGUUCCAAAGACUUAUAGCAUGAAGCAAUCAGAGUUAUUGAAAAUAUCGCUAUGAGGGGAUAUCCUGCUGUACAGCCUGAUUGAAACGGAGCACAGCGCCGCGGUGAAAGCGGAUAACGGAACGGGGAAGCUAAUUAGCAUAAAAUGCUGGCAUGAAAUUAUGGAAAUGCCUCAAAGAAAAUCAACACGAUCUUUUAGGUGUCCCAGAAGGCUCAUAUCUGAAGACAGUGACCAGGAAAGGACAGAUCUCCAGUGAACCAGGGUAUGAAUGUUUGUUCAGUCUUUAUUUUUUUAUUUGAACAACCCUCAUCUAUUUGCUAAUUGUAAGAUUCAGCUUCAUUCCAGCAUUAUUUAUCUUUUUACCAUAAAUAAUUAUUUUUGCUAAAACAAAAGUUUUUGGUAUAGCAGUGCACGGCGUGCCAGAGAAGCACCCCAUGGCGGUGUGAGGUGUGCAGGACUCUGCCUGCAGCUGGAGAGAAACUGCUUCAAGGUCUACCACAUCAAAUAAAAACGUCUGAAAGUUUACAAAAAAUAAAUGGUCUUAAAAACUGCUAGAAAAAAGAUACUAAGGUUUAAAUUUUUUUAAGAAUAGAAGCAUUAUGGUUCAAAGUUUAAAUUGUUUGCCCAGUAAUUUUGAAGUCCCUGUUCAGUAAUAAAUGUAAAAAAUUCUAAUCCGUUUUUUGCUUUUUUACUUUUAAGCUGAUUUUUUAAAGGCUUUAAUAGAAAUAAAUUCUAAAUACAAACCAUACACUAAAAGCUGAGGUUGUUCUGAAAAAAGGAGAUGAGUUACACACACUUUGUACUUUUUAUUACAAUUUUACAGCCAUAAGAUUAAAAAAAAUACCAGGCGGCCCUGUUAUAAUUAUGGUCAUAAGAGGGUUAUUAAGACAGUGAUGCACAAACAGGAAGUGAUUGGUCAUUCCACUCCAAUCCAGUUGGUGGCGAUAAUGCACCAAACUGUUGUUUGCCAAGUGCCAUAAGACCACAAAUAUGAAGAAGAGAGGCGGGAGCGUUCGUAACAAACUCAAAGCGAUAGUCAAAACAUGAAGCACGAAAUGGAGUUAUCCUAGUGGCUCCAAUAAGAGAAAGAAGCAGCUUGCUUCAUAAAAGCUUUUAUUUUCACUUCUGAAAGUGACGUCGUUUCUCGAUGUAAACAUCAAAAGGACGCAGAAAAGAAAGACAAUGGAAAAUGUUUAAAGAGAGGAAAACAUAGACCAAAAUGGAAAAUAAAAUAAAAAAAAUAACUAAGGCUAAAGCACAGGAGCACUGACAGGAAGAAUAAAGCACCCAAAGGAAGAGAAAUGCAGGAAAAAAGAGGAGGACUAAUAAAAAGGGAAAAUAACUCAUGUCAGAAGUGGGGAGAGUUUCGCAAAUCCAGUUAAAGGUAAGAUUGUCGAAAAUGUAGUGUAAGGGGCCCCAUGUCUGUGUUCGCCUUGGGCCCCCAAAUUGCUAAAUCCGCCUCUGAAGGUAACUCUUCAGGUGAAAACAUAUGAAGCCAGGUAGUUUUUCUUUAGGACUGAGAGGAGAUGCAGGAUAAUAGACAGACACAGGACAUAAUAAUAGUCAAAUAAAAAACAAGCAUGUUUUUGUAUCUGGUGGUCUCAACAAACAGACACCAUUGACAGUAAUCAUUGCCACAGAAGUGAGGAACAGAAUGUUUAGAGCAGCAGAGAACUCUGAGAGGCUUCAGGCACACCAGUGAGAUUGCAACCACUGCACAGUGAGGGGGGAGAGGACUGAAGCAUGUGAACAGUAAAGAUACAAAAAGUACCAAACCACCAUUGUUAAAAGAAAUGUGUGUUGACUUUGAAAAUGUGGGCACAAUUUUUAAUUAGUUGUCACUCCCCCAUAGACGUCAGUAUUUGCGUUCCGGGAACGUUUGAUUAAAAAAGUUAGCACUGAGUCAGACAGUUUAAGUUGCGCUACAAGUGAAAAAGUCGCAUUGUGUCUGCCCAGCUUAAGAUACGAUAUAUGAACAAGCUCCCUGUGACAUGUUUACCCCUGUAUUAAAUAAUUACAAUGUGAGAAACAUGAAUAUGUCUUUUUCUCUCUUUCAUUCUGGAGACUGUUGUUACAUUAUUGUAUGUCCUAAUGAACACUCAUGUGAUUGCAACUCCAGAAAACUCAAGAGUUUGUUUCUAUUGUGGCAUCAGUGUUGAAAAGUCAAUACAGGUUUGACACAGACUGCUGCUUUCCCUCUGGCUCUGUCUGGUGACAGGGGCCUGGUUGGUUCUGUGUGUUGGUGGUGGGGGGGAGGGGGACCAAAGCAAGGACAACUCAGAGAUGUUGGUGUGAGGAUGGGCCGUGUGUCGGCUUUGUGCUCUAAUUAGUUCCCCCACCAUUAAAGUCAUCAUGCUGGUGCAUCAAAAUUGACCCACAGUCUAGAAAUACUUGGCUCCAGUUCGUGUUGAUCAGGCACAAACUGCUAAGGUGUUGUUGGAUCACAGAUACUGACUAAACAGGUACUGCCAAAACAUGGAGAAUGAAUAAAUGACUAUAAAAUAUGUUCAUCAGAGGGGUUUGGGAAAUUUUUGAAUUGUUUGAACUUAUAAAUAUUCCCCAUCUUAUCCUGAAGAGCUUUCCUUCAGAGAAAUAGAGUGGCUGGUCUCUGUCACUGUGUAAUUUUAAAGUUUGCCUCAAGACUCUUAUUCUGCCUCAAGAUUUAUUCUGGCUUUAACUAAUUUUAACUUUGGAAGUGACUGUGCUUUGAGUGUAUUUUUCUUUGUUUGUUUUUGCUAUGAAUUUAGGUUGUUUUAUAUUGUUUUUUUUUUAAUAUUAAGCUUUGUGUUUUCUGUUGUUUUACAUACCCUUAAAAUAUUUUAGGAAGCCUCACUACUCUUGUUUUCAUUGCAUCUUUUUCCGUAUAGCACUUUGGUGGGCUCUUAUGCCCUGUGGAAAUUGUUUUAGAAAUAAAUUGGAACUUGAACUAGUCCGAGUAGAAACCAGAUGGUGUGCAUGUCACCUUAAAACAGCUCCAGCCUACUGGAUUUCACAGUGACCUGUGUGACUUUACAGCCUGGUAAGCCAUCCUAUAUAUAUACCAUAUCAUAUCAUACCAUACCAUACCAUACCAUACCAUACCAUACCAUACCACACAUUUAAAAGCACAGAAAAAUGGCUGACCAAAAUACUGUACAGGUACAAGGACAAAACACCAUGAAUAAAACAAAUAACAUAAGCAACACAAAAGGGUAUUGCUUAUUUUGCUUUUUUUUAAUUAUUUUUUCAUAAUUAUUAUUUAUUUUUUUAUUAUUAUUAAGCUUUUCUGUUGUUUGUUCCUUUUUUGUUAUUUUUUGUACGCUGCCUAUGGAUACUGCUAUAUUGUGCAAUUUUUUUUUACUAACUUUUUGUAUGUCUUGUUAGAAGUAAAUGCUAUUUCUCUGAACUGAGGCUUUUCAGGGAGCUGUUUGUUAUGGUUUUCAUCUGAAUGAUUCAUAAGAGACACUUCAAGUUGCCCGCUGUGUCUCUUUGAGGCACUGACCCAUAUGAGUCGGCAGGGUGGAUGUGGUCCAGCAGAAGGAAAGCACAAGGCUCACUUGGAGUCCUGAUGUACAGCAUUGUAAUUAUUUCAACAGAGUUCUACAGAAUGGAUUUCAGUCUAUAAAUAUCUUUCUUACUGUGCUUGGGGAUAGUUGUUAUUAUGGAUAUGAACCUUUAUUAUGCCCCCCCCCCCCCCCCCCCCCCAUCAAGGUACUGGACUCCAAAUGUUCUGUAUCUCAAUGUAACUGUGUGCUUUUAUAUCACCACUGAGUCAAUCCCUCAGAUCUGUAUUUCUCAAACCCUAACCCAGGAGCUCCUCCAACACGGUUUUGUACCCCGCCCUUACCAAACACAAAAAUGCUCAAGUUACCCCCCACAUGACUCACCACCAUUUUUAUGUUACCAGGGUCGCCUCUUUGUUAAUGUACAGUUUUCAGAGCACAAAAUGAAUGUGUCUUAUUUCUAAUAAAAGCAUAUCUAUAUAAUAAA